UUGCCUUAGUAACUGAUUGACAGGGUGAUGAGCAGAUCAUCGAAACAGACAUACGCAUUUUCCUCACAUCUCCUUCUGCUUGAAUUUGGCUUUCGAAGUACAUAUUGUUGCAUUUUAUUGCAGGAACUUGAUCUACUGGAAAAGUGUUGCUGCUGAACAAAGUUACUUUGGAAAAUUUGGGUGUGUUUUUCUAAAGCUUCGCGAAGUUCGCGUUGCCUGACUGACUGACUGGCGAGACUUGUGUGGAGAACUUAAAUCGGUCUUCUACUACUCUGAAUAUGCGAGAGAUUCUGCAUUAAGAAUUUAUAAACAAUAAUGCAAUGUUGCUAAGUAAUAUUACAAUUACAAAAAGAGAUUUAUAUUGUGAAUUUCCAACCGCGCGAUGCCAAACACACGAUGAUAUUUAAUUCUCGUCAUAUUCGUGUUUAUUUUAUAUUUGUUUUAAGAAGACAAAGACGCCCUGCUUGAAGAAACCGCCAAUGCUGCGCGUAUUUAAAACGCACCGCGUUCACCUUUCAUUAAUAUUAAUAAGUGCCACACAAAACCCAAAUGCGGUUGAACGGGGCGCAUGCGCAGUCACCUUUGCUCACCGCUGUUUACGCGCACACACGGAGCGCGUUGGAGCAUCGGUGUGCGCGUCUCUAUGGCUGUUGUAGCUGGACACUGAGCGCUCAUCGGCGGCCAUGGCUGAAGGUGGAGACGCGGAGGAUGAGAUCCAGUUCCUGCGGACUGAUGAUGAGGUGGUUCUGCAGUGUGUGGCGUCUAUUCAGAAAGAAAACCGCAAGUUCUGCUUGAGCGCUGAGGGUUUGGGAAACCGACUCUGUUACCUGGAGCCCACCUCUGAAGCUAAGUAUUAUCCUCCAGAUGUGUGUAUCUGUAGUUUUGUACUGGAACAGUCUCUUUCUGUACGAGCGCUACAGGAGAUGCUCGCCAAAACCGGACAAAACAAUGAUCAGUUCAUUAGAAAGGGAGCUCACAGUGCAGGACACAGAACCGUACUGUACGGUCACGCUAUUCUCCUCAGACACUCCUUUAGUGAAAUGUAUCUGACCUGUUUGAAGACAUCAAGAUCUUUGACAGAUAAAUUGUCUUUUGACGUCGGACUGCAAGAGGAUUCGAUAGGUGAAGCCUGCUGGUGGACCAUUCAUCCCGCUUCCAAACAGAGAUCUGAGGGAGAGAAAGUUCGGAUCGGUGAUGAUCUCAUUCUUGUCAGUGUUUCAUCUGAACGCUAUCUUCAUCUGUCCAUAUCCAAUGGGAACGUCCAGGUGGACGCAUCAUUUAUGCAAACGCUUUGGAACGUUCAUCCCAUCUGUUCAGGAAGCAGUGUAGAAGAAGGAUACCUUCUUGGUGGUCAUGUGAUGCGUCUGUUUCAUGGUCAUGAUGAGGUUUUGACCAUUCCAGGGUCAGAUCAGAAUGAAGAAGAACAGAGGAUUGUGAACUAUGAGACGGGGAAGGCCGGAGCUAAAGCUCGAUCUCUGUGGAGACUGGAGCCGUUACGCAUCAGUUGGUGUGGCAGUCACAUUCGCUGGGGUCAACCUUUUCGUCUGCGUCACCUCACCACCGGUCACUAUCUGGCUCUUACUGAGGACAGAGGGGUCGUCUUGCAGGACCGCCAGAAAUCGGACACCACGUCCACUGCGUUCUGUCUCCGAGCAUCAAAGGAGAAGCUGGACUGCAGUAUAAAGCGUGAUGUUGAGGGAAUGGGUGUGGCAGAGAUCAAAUAUGGAGAUUCUUUGUGUUUUGUGAUGCAUGUGGCGACGAGUCUGUGGCUGACCUAUCAAGCGCCUGAUGUCAAAUCAACUCGACUGGGUCCUCUUAAACGACGAGUGUGUUUUCAUUCAGAAGGACAUAUGGAUGAUGGGCUGACGUUACAGCGCUGUCAACAUGAAGAGUCGAGAGCUGCACGAAUUAUUCGCAACACCACACGACUCUUUAGUACCUUCAUCAGAGAUCUUGACAGUUUAAGUGGAAAGAACCGUGUGUCUGUGAUUCUGCCCAGUGAUGAGGUUCUCCAGACACUUAAAGAUCUGAUCGUAUACUUCAGACUGCCUGACGCUGAGCUGGAACAUGAGAAGAAACAAAUACAACUACGAUCGCUGAAGAACCGACAGAAUCUCUUCAAACAGGAGGGUAUGCUGUCUCUGGUGUCUGACUGCAUCGAUCGCUUGAGUGUUUAUAACAGUGCUGCUCAUUUUGGUGAAUAUGCUGGAGAAGAUGCUGGCGCUGCGUGGAAAGAUAUUCUGAACCUUCUUUAUGAGCUGCUGGCUUCUCUCAUCCGUGGAAACAGGAAUAAUUGUACCCAGUUUUCCCAGAAUCUGGAUUGGUUGGUCAGUAAACUGGAGAGAUUGGAGUCAUCGUCAGGGAUCUUGGAGGUCCUUCACUGUAUUCUCACUGAGAGUCCUGAAGCUCUGAACAUCAUUCAAAGAGGACACAUCAAGACCAUCAUCUCUCUGCUUUACAAACAUGGACGAAAUCACAAGAUUUUAGAUGUUCUCUGCUCUCUGUGUGUCUGUAAUGGAGUCGCAGUGAGAGCCAAUCAGAACCUCAUCUGUGAUCAUCUGCUGUCCAGACGAGAUCUUCUUCUACAGACACGAUUGGUCAAUGAUGUCCAGAGCAUGCGGCCCAACAUCUCUGUAGGAGUAAGUGAAGGUUCUGCUCAGUACAGAAGAUGGUACUUUGAGUUAAUGAUUGAUCAGGUGGAUCAUUUUAUGACCGGUGAGCCCUCACACCUGCGGGUGGGUUGGGCGUCCACUAAAGGUUACGCUCCUUACCCGGGAGGAGGAGAAGGCUGGGGCGGUAACGGAGUUGGAGAUGAUCUGUACUCUUAUGGCUUUGAUGGACUCCACCUGUGGUCAGGGCGGAUACCCCGUACUGUGGCAUCUGUGAAGCAGCAUUUGUUGACAUCUGAUGAUGUGGUGAGCUGCUGUAUGGAUCUGAACGCUCCCAGUAUCUCCUUCAGGAUCAAUGGUCAGCCGGUUCAGGGAAUGUUUGAGAACUUCAACACUGAUGGACUGUUUUUCCCUGUGGUCAGCUUCUCAGCUGGAGUCAAGGUGCGAUUCCUGUUAGGUGGUCGUCAUGGAGAUUUUAAGUUUCUACCGCCGACCGGUUAUGCGCCGUGUUAUGAGGCUCUGCUGCCCAAAGAGAAGAUGAGGGUGGAGCCAGUGAAGGAAUACAAGCGAGAUGUGGGUGGAGUCAGAGAUUUACUGGGAAACACUCAUUUCACAUCACAGGCCUUAUUUAUACCUAAACCUGUGGACACAUCUCAGAUCGUGAUGCCUCCUCACCUGGAGAAAGUUCGAGAUCGAUUGGCUGAAAACAUUCAUGAGUUGUGGGGAAUGAACAAGAUUGAAGUGGGCUGGUCAUACGGGAAGAUCAGAGAGGAUAAUAAACGACAACAUCCCUGUUUGGUGGAUUUCUCCAAACUACCAGAAACUGAAAAGAGUUACAACAUACAAAUGUCAACAGAAACACUCAAGACUCUUCUGGCUUUAGGUUGUCAUGUCGUUCAGAUGAAGAUCAAUGCUGAGGAAGACCUGAAAAAGCUCAAGCUGCCUAAGAACUACAUGAUGUCUAAUGGUUAUAAACCAGCACCACUGGAUCUGUCUGAUGUUAAACUGACUCCAGGUCAGGAGCUGCUGGUGGAUAAACUGGCAGAAAAUGCUCAUAAUGUUUGGGCUAAAGAUCGCAUUAAACAGGGCUGGACAUACGGCAUACAGCAGGAUGUGAAGAAUAAACGAAAUCCUCGUCUGGUGCCGUACGCUUUACUCGACGAGCGAACCAAGAAGUCAAACCGUGACAGUCUCCGGGAAGCCAUCCGAACUCUGACUGGAUAUGGAUACAGCGUUGAGCCACCUGACCAGGAUACCGCAGGUCACGUGAUGGAGAGGUUGAGCAUUGAUAAGAUCCGGUUCUUCCGUGUGGAGCGCACGUAUGCGGUGAGGACAGGAAAGUGGUAUUUUGAAUUUGAGGCAGUGACGGGUGGAGACAUGCGAGUGGGUUGGGCACGACCCGGCUGUAAGCCUGACGUUGAACUGGGAUCAGAUGAUCAAGCAUACGUCUUUGAUGGACAUCGAGGUCAUCGGCUCCACGUGGGCAGUCGGCUCUUUGGUCGCUGUUGGCACUCGGGUGAUGUGGUGGGCUGUAUGAUCAACAUGGAAGACAAAUCCAUGAUCUUCACUCUUAAUGGUGAAAUUCUGAUCACUAACAAGGGCUCUGAACUCUGUUUCACUGACUUUGACAUUGAUGAUGGUUUUAUUCCUGUCUGCAGUUUAGGACUUUCUCAGGUUGGCCGUAUGAAUCUGGGCAAAGAUGCCAGCUCUUUUAAAUACUACACCAUGUGUGGUCUGCAGGAGGGCUUUGAACCAUUCGCUGUCAAUAUGAAUCGUGAAGUGACCAUGUGGUUCAGUAAACGUCUGCCUACCUUCUUUAAUGUGCCAAAAGACCACAGUCACAUCAAGGUCACCAGGAUUGACGGCACUGUCGACAGUCCUCCGUGUCUGAAGGUCACUCAUAAGACGUUUGGUACUCAGAAGAACAGUAACACAGAUAUGGUGUUCAGUAGACUCAGCAUGCCUGUAGAGUUUCAUAACAUCUUCAGAAGCUCCUUCAGUCAUGUCAAUGGAGUUUAUAAUGAGGAGGAACCGGUAAAGCUGAGACACAGGCAUCCAGUGAAGUCAAAACAUUCAGAGGAGAUCAGAAGAAUCGACUACAGCAGCAUUACCACGUAUUAUCAUUCAGUCCGAAUAUUCUCCGGUCAGGAUCCGGCCUGCGUAUGGGUCGGUUGGGUCACACCUGACUAUCAUUACUAUAGCAACAACUUUAAUCUGAACAAGAACCGAGCUGUGACGGUUACCCUCGGAGACGAACGGGGUCGCGUGCACGAGAGCGUGAAGAGGAGCAACUGCUACAUGAUUUGGUGUGGAGAUGUCGGCAGCAUCACACAAACCACCAGCAGAAGUAAUGUGGAUUUAGAGAUCGGAUGUCUUAUCGAUGUGGCCAACGGGCUGUUGACCUUCACUGUUAAUGGCAAAGAGCUUCCCACUUCAUACCAGGUUGAGCCGUGCACAAAACUAUUUCCUGCCGUGUUUGUGCGGCCUACAAGCUCCAGUCUGUUCCAGUUUGAAUUGGGCAAAAUUAAGAACGCCAUGCCCUUAUCGUCAGCCAUGUUCAAGAGUGAGCACAAGAACCCGGUUCCUCAGUGCCCACCGCGUCUGGACAUCCAGAUCAUCAACUCGGUGCUGUGGAGCCGAAUGCCCAACAUAUUCCUGAAGGUAGAGACGGUUCGGGUCAGCGAGAGACACGGAUGGAUGCUCCAGUGUCUGGAACCCCUGCAGAUGCUCGCCGUACACAUUCCAGAGGAGAACCGGUGUGUGGACAUCAUGGAGUUGUCAGAGCAGGAAGAACUGCGUACGUUUCACUAUCACACGCUGAAGCUUUACUGCGCUCUAUGCGCUCACGGCAACACGCGUGUCGCUCACGCCCUCUGCAGCCAUCUCGACCAAUCGCAGCUACUGUACACCAUCGACAACCAAUACCUGUCCGGCAUGCUGCGCGAGGGCUUUUACGACGUCCUGAUCAGCGUUCAUCUGGAGACGGCACGAGCCGCUCGCCUCAUGAUGAACAACGAGUUCAUUAUUCCCGUCACGGCGGAAACGCGCGGCAUCCGCCUCUUUCCCGACGCUUCCAAACGCCACCGGCCUCCGGGCGUGGGUCUCGGCACGACGCUUAAAUCCAAACUCAACUUCGCUCCUCCCUGUUUUAUCGGCACCAAACGAAACCAGCACCUGUACAGCCCUGAGAUCCCUCUGGACGUGCUGAAGGAGAAGGCCAUCAGCAUGCUGACAGAGGCCGUUCAGGGUGGUGGAGAUCACAUCAGAGAUCCUGUAGGAGGAAGCGUGGAGUAUCAGUUCGUCCCCAUCCUUAGACUCAUCAGUACGCUGCUCACGAUGGGCGUCCUGACCGGACGAGACGUUCGCAAGAUCUUACUGCUGAUCGAACCCGACGUGUUUGGAGAACGCAAGGAGGAAGGGUUGAGAGAGACUACGGUGAAGGAAGGUCUGACAGGAGCUGAGAAGAAGACUGUGGAGACUGGAGAGGAAGAACCCGUGGAGAGUAAAGCUCUCACUAGAGGCCUCUUAGAGAAGAAAUUACCCGAGUGUGUCAAACGUCAGAUGUGUGACCUGCUUCAUUAUUUCUGCGAUUGUGAGUUGAGACACAGGGUUGAAUCUAUCGUUUCGUUCUCUGAUGGUUUCGUUUCUAAGCUGCAACACAACCAGAAGUUUCGUUAUAAUGAGCUGAUGCUCGCGCUCAACAUGUCCGCUGCCGUCACCGCCAAAAAGACCAAAGAGUUUCGCUCUCCUCCACAAGAACAGAUUAACAUGCUGUUGAAUUUUGAUCUGGGUGAAGGCUGUCCGUGUCCUGAGGACAUACAGGAGGAGCUUUAUGACUUCCACAGUGAACUACGGCUACAUUGCGGUAUUCCAGCAGAGGAACUUGAGGAACAUCAGGACACGUCUAUUAAAGGUCGACUGCUCGCGCUCAUCUAUAAGAUCAAAGGUCAACCACAGAAAUCUGAGACCCAGCCCAGAGAAAAAGAGCAAACCGCACCUUCGAAUCUAAAGGAGCUGAUCUCUCAGACAAUGGUAAGCUGGGCUCAGGAGACACACAUUCAGGAUCCAGAUCUGGUUCUGGUUAUGUUCAGUCUAUUGAGACGACAGUACGACAGCAUCGGUGAACUACUGAGAGCCAUGAGGAAAACUUACACCAUCAGCGCCGCCUCUGUGAACGACACCAUCCACCUGCUGGCAUCACUGGGACAGAUCCGCUCGCUGCUCAGUGUCCGUAUGGGAAAAGAGGAGGAGCAACUGAUGAUUGACGGACUGAGUGACAUCAUGAAUAACAAGGUCUUCUACCAGCACCCAAACCUGAUGAGGAUUCUGGGCAUGCAUGAGACUGUGAUGGAGGUGAUGGUGAAUGUGCUCGGUGGAGGAAAAUCACAGGAAAUCGCUUUUCCUAAAAUGGUGGCGAGUUGUUGUCGAUUUCUCUGCUACUUUUGUCGCAUCAGUCGUGAGAAUCAGAAGGCCAUGUUUGAUCAUCUGAGUUAUCUGCUGGAGAACAGUAGUGUGGGUUUGGCGUCUCCAUCCAUGAGAGGAUCCACACCUUUAGACGUGGCGGCUUCAUCUGUGAUGGAUAAUAACAGUCUGGCACUGGCACUGGAGGAACCUGAUCUGGAUAAAGUGGUGACGUAUUUAGCCGGCUGUGGACUGCAGAGUUGUUCGAUGCUCGUAGCCAAAGGAUAUCCAGAUAUUGGCUGGAACCCCAUAGAGGGCGAACGCUACCUUUCCUUCCUGCGAUUCGCUGUGUUUGUCAACGGUGAGAGCGUGGAGGAAAACUCCAGUGUGGUCGUCAAGCUUCUUAUUCGCCGGCCCGAGUGUUUUGGCCCCGCCCUACGAGGAGAGGGUGGAAACGGGCUGCUGGCUGCCAUGAAAGAAGCCAUUAAGAUCUCUGAGAAGCCAGCGCUCGAUCUGCCCUGCACAGGCCCGGGUCACACAUCUGACACGUCCACUGAAGGUGAGGAAGAGGAGGAGGUCGUUCACAUGGGAAACGCUAUCAUGUCUUUCUACUCGGCUCUGAUCGACCUGCUGGGCCGCUGCGCUCCUGAGAUGCACUUGAUCAAUAAAGGUAAAGGUGAAGCUUUGAGGAUUCGUGCUAUUCUGCAAUCUCUUGUACCCAUUGAAGACCUGGUUGGCAUCAUUAGCAUCUCUUUAAAAAUGCCUGUGCUUAAUAAAGAUGGGAGUGUGACAGAGCCCGAUGUGUCUGCCAGUUUCUGUCCGGACCACAAGGCUCCUAUGGUGUUGUUUUUGGACCGUGUGUAUGGUAUAGAGGAUCAGAGUUUCCUCUUGCAUCUGUUAGAAGUGGGCUUUCUGCCUGACCUGACGGCCGCUGCUUCACUCGACACGGAAGCUCUCAGGACUACUGAAACGGCUCUGGCUAUGAACAGAUAUAUUGGUUCGGCCAUGUUGCCUUUGCUUACACGCUGCGCUCCUCACUUCACCGGUACCGAGCAUCAUGCAGCGCUGGUCGACUCAACGCUCUACACCAUCUACAGGCUCUCCAAAGGCUGUUCGCUUACUAAAGCCCAGCGAGAUGCCAUAGAAGAGUGUUUACUGGCCAUCUGCAGGUAUCUCAGACCCUCCAUGUUGCAGCCUCUGUUACGCCGGCUGGUGUUUGAUGUGCCGUUGUUGUCAGAAUACUGUAAGAUGCCUCUGAAGCUCUUGUCCAAUCACUAUGAGCAGAACUGGAAGUAUUACUGUCUCCCGUCUGGCUGGGGUGGACACGGCUCACCGUCUGAUGAAGAACUUCUGCUCACCAAGAAGAUCUUCUGGGGCAUCUUUGAUUCACUCGCUCAGAAGAUGUACGACCAGGAGCUUUUUAAAAUGGCCAUGCCGUGUCUGAGUGCCAUCGCUGGAGCUCUUCCACCCGACUACAUCGACCCAUCGCUCGGCACCACGCUAGAGAAACACGAGUCUAUCGAUGCACAGGGCAACUUUGACCCCAAACCCAUUAACACGGCAAACAUCUGUCUGCCAGAGAAACUGGAAUACAUCGCCAACAGAUACGCUGAACAUUCCCAUGAGAAAUGGGCUGCAGAGAAGGUCAGUCUGGGCUGGAAAUAUGGAGAGAAUAUCGAUGAAAAAUCCAAAACCCACCCAACGCUGAGGUCCUACAAAUGUCUAACAGAGAAGGAGAAAGAGACGUAUCGCUGGACCGUGAGAGAAUCAUUAAAGACGAUGUUAGCUAUGGGCUGGACUAUUGACCGAACCAAAGAUGGAGAAACAAUGUUUCAGCUGAGAGAGAUCGAGAAGAUGAGGAGGACUUCACAGGCCUCUCAGGGUAGUGGCUUCAGUCCAACACCGCUUGACAUGAGCAAUGUGAUGCUCUCACGAGAACUCCAGUCGAUGGUGGACGUUCUGGCUGAAAACUAUCACAACAUCUGGGCCAAGAAAAAGAAGAGUGACCUGGCAAGCAAAGGUGGGACUCAUCCUCUGCUCGUGCCGUACGACACGCUUACGGCUAAAGAGAAAGUCCGAGAUCGUGAGAAAGCUCAGGAUCUGUUUCGAUUCCUCCAGGUCAACGGUUAUUCCAUCAGCAGAGGUUUGAAGGACAUGGAGCACGACUCUUCCUCAAUGGAGAAACGCUUUGCGUACAAAUUUCUCAAGAAGUUGCUGAAAUAUGUGGAUUGUGCACAGGAGUUUAUCGCUCACCUCGAGGUGAUGGCCAGCAGCGGACAGAACAACAGAUCUCCACACGAACAAGAGAUCAAAUUCUUUGCUAAGGUUCUCCUGCCUCUUAUAGAUCAAUACUUCAAAAACCAUUCGCUUUACUUUCUGUCAUCAGUCACAAAGACUCUGAGCAGCAGUGGAUACGCGUCUAAUAAAGAGAAAGAGAUGGUCACCAGUCUCUUCUGUAAGCUGGCCGCUUUGGUUAGACACCGGAUCUCUCUGUUUGGAAGUGACUCUACGACUAUGGUCAGCUGUCUUCUCAUCCUGGCACACACGUUAGACACCAGGACUGUGAUGAAAUCAGGAUCUGAUCUGGUUAAAGCUGGUUUAAGAACGCUCUUUGACAAUGCAGCAGAAGAUCUGGAGAAGACCCUGGAGAACCUGAAGUUGGGGAAGUUCACUCACUCUCGUAGUCAGAUGAAGGGAGUUUCUCAGAACAUCAACUACACGACCGUCGCUCUUCUUCCCAUCCUCACGGCACUGUUUGAACACAUCACAGAGCAUCAGUUUGGAUCUGAUCUGCUGUUGGAUGAUGUUCAGGUGUCGUGUUAUCGAAUCCUGUCAAGUUUAUACUCAUUGGGAACUGGAAAAAACAUCUAUGUGGAGCGGCAGUUGCCAGCGUUGGGUGAGUGUUUGGCGACUCUGGCGGGUGUUAUGCCUGUGGCGUUUCUAGAACCUCAGCUGAACAAACACAACAUCUACUCUGUGUUUAACACAAAGACAUCUCGUGAACGGGCCGUUGCAGGAAUGCCGGAGCGUGUGGAGGACAUGUGUCCAGAGGUCCCUCAUCUAGACGGUCUGAUGAAGGACAUUAAUGACAUGUCUGAGUCUGGUGCUCGAUACACAGAGAUGCCUCAUGUCAUCGAGGUGAUCCUGCCCAUGCUCUGUAACUAUCUGUCGUACUGGUGGGAGAAAGGACCGGAGAGCAAAGCGUCUGUCUGCUGCACCACGGUCACCUCCGAACAUCUCAGCAUCAUUCUGGGAAACAUCUUGAAGAUCCUCAACAGUAAUCUGGGGAUCGAUGAGGCGUCCUGGAUGAAACGUAUUGCAGUUUACGCUCAGCCCAUCAUCAGCAAAGCUCGAGCAGAUCUGCUGAAAACACAUUUUCUACCCACGCUGGAGAAACUGAAGAAGAAGACGGUGAAGGUUGUGACCGAGGAGGAGCUUCUCAAGGCCGACAGCAAGGGUGACACCCAGGAGGCGGAGCUUCUGAUUCUUGAUGAGUUUGCUGUACUGUGCAGAGAUCUGUACGCUUUCUACCCCAUGCUCAUCCGUUAUGUAGACAACAACAGGUCUCGCUGGUUAAAGGAACCUGACGCUGAUUCAAAUGAACUUUUUAAGAUGGUGGCAGAAAUCUUCAUCCUGUGGUGUAAAUCACACAAUUUUAAGAGGGAGGAGCAGAACUUUGUGGUACAGAAUGAGAUUAACAAUCUCUCAUUUCUCACUGGUGACAGUAAAACCAAGAUAUCAAAGCCGUAUCUGCAGAAGUCUGGAGGUCAGGAUCAGGAACGUAAACACAAGAAGCGUCGAGGAGACUUUUACUCUAUCCAGACGUCUCUGAUUGUGGCAGCGCUGAAGAAGAUGUUGCCCAUUGGUUUGAACAUGUGCACACCGGGUGACCAAGAGCUCAUCCUGCUGGCCAAGACCCGACACAGCCUGAAGGACACAGAUGAGGAGGUGAAGGAACACAUCAGACAGAAUCUACACCUGCAGGAGAAGUCUGAUGAUCCUGCCGUACGCUGGCAACUAAAUCUUUAUAAGGACGUGAUUGUGAAGAAUGAAGAACCUCCAGACCCGGAGAGAACCGUCGAGCGGAUCCACCGCAUCUCGGCAGCAGUGUUUCACCUGGAGCAGGUUGAACAGCCGUUGAGAUCUAAGAAAUGUGUUUGGCAGAAGUUGUUGUCUAAACAGAGGAAGCGAGCUGUAGUUGCGUGUUUUAGAAUGGCACCUCUGUACAACCUGCCCAGGCACACAAUUAAUAAUUACUUCCUGAAAUCCUACCGACGCUUUUGGCUGGACAGAAUUCUAGCGAGUUCUGGUUGUGACUGUCUGCUCGCUGUCAUCACGAGGACACAGCCAAAGACUGAUGAUGAGGAAGAGGAGAUUAGAGACAUUCAACCAGAUCCUCUUCAUCAACUCAUACUGCAUUUCAGUCAUAAUGCACUGACAGAGAGCAGUUCUGUAGAAGAUGAUCGCCUGUACGUGGCUUAUGCAGACAUGAUGGCUAAGAGCUGUGCUGAGAAUGAAGAUGAUGAGGAUGCUGCUAAAGAGAAAACAUUUGAGGAGAAGGAGAUGGAGAAGCAGAAGACUCUCUAUCAGCAGGCUCGACUCCAUGACAGAGGAGCAGCAGAGAUGGUGCUGCAGAUGAUCAGUGCUAGUAAAGGGCGUUUGGGUUCGAUGGUCACAUUCACACUCAAACUUGGUAUCUCUGUUCUGAAUGGAGGAAACGUGUUAGUUCAGCAGAAAAUGUUGGACUAUCUGAAGGAGAAACGAGAUGUUGGAUUCUUCAAGAGUUUGUCUGGACUCAUGCAGUCAUGCAGUGUUCUGGAUCUAAACGCCUUUGAGCGUCAGAAUAAAGCUGAAGGUUUGGGGAUGGUCACUGAAGAAGGUUCCAUCAACAUGAGAGAACGGGGGUCUAAAGUUCUUCAGAAUGAUGAGUUCACUAAAGAUCUUUUCAGGUUUCUUCAGCUGCUGUGUGAAGGACAUAAUAAUGAUUUUCAGAACUUCUUGAGAACACAAACGGGCAACACGACCACAGUUAAUAUCAUCAUAAGUACUGUGGAUUAUCUGCUCAGAUUACAGGAAUCGAUCAGUGAUUUUUACUGGUAUUACUCUGGUAAAGAUGUGAUGGAUGAAGCCGGUCAGCGUAAUUUCUCUAAAGCUCUUGCUGUAGCUAAACAGAUCUUUAAUUCUCUGACUGAAUACAUUCAGGGUCCGUGUGUUGGGAAUCAGCAGAGUUUAGCUCACAGCAGACUCUGGGACGCAGUUGUUGGAUUUCUUCAUGUUUUUGCUAACAUGCAGAUGAAGUUGUCACAGGACUCCAGUCAGAUCGAGCUGUUAAAGGAGCUGAUGGACCUACAGAAGGACAUGAUCGUAAUGAUGUUGUCUCUACUGGAAGGUAAUGUUGUGAACGGGACUAUCGGCAAACAGAUGGUAGAUACUCUUGUGGAGUCCUCCAGCAAUGUGGAGAUGAUCCUAAAGUUUUUUGACAUGUUCCUCAAGCUGAAAGAUUUAACCACCUCUGACGGCUUCAAAAAGCACGACCCCGACAGGAAAGGAGUCAUCUCCAAGAAGGAGUUUCAGAAGUCCAUGGAGAACCAGAAGCAGUACUCGCAGUCCGAGAUCGAGUUCCUGCUGUCCUGUUCGGAGGCGGACGAGAACGACAUGUUCGACUACGAGGAGUUCGUGAAGCGCUUCCACGAACCGGCCAAGGACAUCGGCUUCAACAUGGCGGUUCUCCUCACCAACUUAUCGGAGCACAUGCCCCACGACGGCCGUCUCGCCACGUUCUUGAAUUUAGCCGAAAGCAUCCUGAACUACUUCGAGCCAUACUUGGGCCGAAUCGAGAUCAUGGGCGGCGCCAAGAGAAUUGAGCGGGUCUACUUCGAGAUCAGCGAGUCCAGCAGAACCCAAUGGGAAAAGCCGCAGGUCAAGGAGUCCAAACGACAGUUCAUCUUUGACGUCGUCAACGAGGGUGGAGAAUCUGAGAAGAUGGAGCUGUUUGUGAACUUUUGCGAGGACACCAUCUUUGAGAUGCAACUGGCGUCUCUGAUCUCUGAGCCCGACGCUGCGGAGAAGCCGGAGGAAGAUGACGAUGCACAAAGUGUGUCUGAGAAUCAAGAGGAAGACGACGGUGCUUUGGAGUCUUCUUCGGCCUUCUCUCUGGCUUGCGUCUCGACGAGGAAGAGUCUUUCCAACCUCCGACAGAUGUUGACGCUUAAAAGCAUAAAGCGGCAGUAUCGAAAGUUGAGGAAAAUGAGCGUGAAGGAGAUGAUCCGAGCGUACUUCUACUUUUUCUGGAUGAUCUUUAUCGGCAUGUUCCGGUUUCUCUACAACCUGGUGUGGGGCUUCUUUCACGUCCUGUGGUCCACUUUGUUUGGCGGAGGUCUCGUGGAGGGAGCCAAGAACAUGAAAGUGACGGAUAUUCUGGGGAACAUGCCCGAUCCCACGCAGUUCGGGAUCCACGGAGACGUCCUGGAGAUGGAGAAGCUGGAGUACUGCGACGCGUCGUCCGUGGCCGAGCUCAGACACGCAGCUGCCGGAGAGCAGGUGGAACUGGACCUCAUGUCGGAGCUGAUGAACGUUCAGCCCAGGAGAGAAGGAGGCAAACACGGGAUGGAGCCGGGCCUGGGAGAUGUGUCUGAGGUUGUGGGAGUGGACGCUCCUUCUUUAGCCAGCGCUGUCCAUCAGAAGAAAGCUCAGGAAGCCGCGAGUAAACAGACCGCCGAGUAUGAAACCAAAUCAGAAUCGGAGAAAGCCGAUGUUGAGGACAGAGAGAAAUCAGAUCAAGAUAAAAUGAGAGGGGAACCUGUGUCAGAUCCUACAGCAGAUGAAGAGAAGAGACCUGUGAAGAACAGACGUGGACAAAGAAAAGAGACGCCUGAUGCCUGCAUGGCUUCAUUUUUUGCUGGCCUGGAUGUCUAUCAGACUAAAAUGCUGAAUUAUCUGGCAAGAAACUUUUAUAACCUGCGUUUCCUGGCUCUGUUUGUGGCUUUUGCCAUCAACUUUAUUCUGCUGUUUUACAAGAAGGUGACCGGUGAGGAUUCUGAUGAUUUGGAUCCGUGGGCUCGGCGUAAUGAUGAUGAUGAUGAUGAUGAUGAAGGUGUUGUGGAGUAUUUCGUCCUGCAGGAGAGCAGUGGUUAUAUGGCACCCGCUCUCCGUUGCCUGGCCGUCAUGCACACGCUCAUCUCUUUCCUCUGUGUGCUGGGUUAUUAUUAUCUGAAGGUUCCCUUGGUGGUUUUUAAACGUGAGAAGGAAAUUGCACGUAAGCUGGAGUUUGAUGGACUGUACAUCACUGAACAGCCAUCGGAUGAUGAUAUUAAAGGACAAUGGGACAGAUUGGUCAUCAACACACCAUCUUUCCCCAACAACUACUGGGACAAGUUUGUGAAACGCAAGGUGAUAAAGAAGUAUGGAGAUCUGUAUGGUGCCGAGCGGAUCGCUGAACUCUUGGGUUUGGAUAAAAACGCUCUGGACUUUAACCCCACCGAAGACACGGUCGUUAAAGACGCAUCGCUCUUAUCCUGGUUGAGCUCCAUUGAUACAAAGUAUCACAUGUGGAAAAUGGGCGUGGUCUUCACAGAUAAUUCUUUCUUGUAUCUGGUCUGGUACACCACUAUGUCUAUACUGGGACACUAUAAUAAUUUCUUCUUUGCCGCCCAUCUGUUGGACAUCGCCAUGGGCUUUAAAACUCUGAGGACCAUCCUGUCAUCUGUCACACACAACGGCAAACAGCUGGUGCUGACGGUCGGGCUGCUUGCUGUUGUCGUCUAUCUCUACACCGUCGUGGCUUUCAACUUUUUCCGCAAAUUCUACAACAAGAGUUCAGAUGAGGAUGAGCCUGAUAUGAAGUGUGAUGAUAUGAUGACGUGUUACCUGUUUCACAUGUAUGUUGGCGUUCGUGCCGGUGGGGGUAUUGGAGAUGAAAUCGAGGACCCUGCGGGCGACCCGUACGAGCUCUAUCGGAUUCUGUUUGACAUCACCUUCUUCUUCUUUGUGAUUGUAAUUCUUCUGGCUAUUAUUCAAGGUUUGAUCAUCGAUGCGUUUGGAGAGUUGAGAGAUCAACAGGAACAGGUCAAAGAAGAUAUGGAGACCAAAUGUUUCAUCUGUGGAAUUGGCAAUGAUUAUUUCGACACGACACCACAUGGCUUUGAGACGCACACCCUACAGGAGCACAAUCUCGCUAACUAUCUAUUUUUUUUGAUGUAUCUGAUCAACAAGGACGAGACCGAACACACGGGUCAGGAAUCAUACGUGUGGAAGAUGUAUCAGGAGAGAUGCUGGGAUUUCUUUCCUGCUGGUGAUUCUUUUCGUAAGCAGUAUGAAGAUCAGCUGGGUUAAAGUCAAUCUG